AUGAUUCAGCCUUCUAGAGUGUGGUUAUUUAUGUCGCGUCUUCACACUCUUCCUCAAGUCCGUAUGUUUGGUUGGCGAGCUGCAUAUAAAACCUUGCCUGUGGGCCGUCGACUUGCUUUCACAGGGGCUACCAAUGUUCAAUGUUUUCUUUGCGACGCAUACAAUGAAACAGUGUCCCAUGCAUUGCGGGAUUGCUCGAUGGUUGCUCCGAUUCUUCAUGAGGCGGGGUUUAGCACUGUAGAGGAACAACUGGGGUUUUCUUCCUUUGGAGCUUGGAUGGAGCAUUUGAUGAACACUUUACUGGUGUAUCACUUCAUUACUCUUUUGAUCCUGCUGUGGAAAUUAUGGCAUCGGCGGAAUGUGUUUUGUCAUGAAGGUCAUCUUCUUCCUGGGUGGCAGUUAAUUACGUCUGGUAAUGCACUCCAGGCAGCGUUCGCUUCUGCUACGGUAUCUUCUUCUUCCUUGGCGGUCGCUCUGUCUUCGGGAUUGCACAUUCAUCGUUGGAUUAAACCUGCGGCGGGUACUUUCAAGUUGAAUGUUGAUGGGGCCUGCCCUCGGCCACCUGAUCUACCCGCAAUUGGCAUGAUUUUACGCAAUAGUGAUGGUGUGGUUAUGGCACGACGAGCGUUCCAUGUUGAUGUUCCUCGUUCAACAAAUUUCGUGGAAGCUUUGGCGAUCGCACAUGGUGUCCAUUUGGCGAUAAGUGUUGAGUUCCGAGGGUGGAGAUUGAAAGUGAUUACUGGAAUGUUGUUCAACAGCUCAACAAACCUUCAAGUGAUCGCUCUGUUCUUCAGUUUUAUAUUCGUGAGGCUCGUCAACUCCUGGCCGCUCAUCCUCACAUUUCAGUUAGGUUUAUUUGUCGGGAAGCUCUUGCAAAUUAUGCUUCGGCCAUUUCCACGACUUUAG